AAGUUAAAAUAAAUAUCUUGUUAGAAAUAGUCAUUCCAAUAAUUAUAUGCCUUGUCAAUUAAUCUUUGUUCAAUAGUUUGUAAGUCCACGUGGCUAUAUAGUGGCCUGAUUUUAAAUGUAGACAAGAAUUGAGCAUUCAAGUCUUUAUCGGUGAUUAAAAUGGUUUAUCAGGUCUUGUUACAGUCUUAAUUCUGACUGUAGUUAAUAGUAUUAUAGAAUAGUCCUUUCAUCAUUCUACUUUUUGAUAGUGGUUUGAUACUAGGCCAGGUUAAAAGAGUGUUCUUUAUUAAACAACAAAAAAUAUCUUUGUAAAGGGAAAGUAACUGGAAAUAACUUGUAUGUUUUGUAAAAUAAACUAAUUGAACAAGAGCACAUUAGAGAAAUUACAACAGCAAAAGAUCUUCGACACAAGAUAAGAAACAAGAUCAUACAUUCUGUUAACCUAAUACCAACAGUCAGCUAAAGCCCAACAGCGCUGAGCAAAGUCUGAAGCACUCAACCACAUCCUGCCAACAUUGUCACACUCUAAAACAGUCACCAUUUUGUCGCAAGAGUAUCUCGUUAGAUAACAACAAAACAACAAAAAGGGUGGUCCAGAUGGAUGUGUCUAUAGGAAUUAAGUGCGAGCCAUCAAGCCCGUUAAGUUUAAGUCAUUGCACGCAACCGAACUUUGACGAAGGAUUUGGACGUGAUCUAUUCAGUGACUAUACUGGAAAUGAUGACUAUGGUUCCGAUAAAUCGUUUCCAGAUGACAGCUUAGACAAUUUCGAUAGUGGCGAUUUGUCGCCAAGCAGUCUAGAUGAUGAUGGAAAGCUUGAUUUUGGAAGUCAUGUGUUUUCAUAUGCAGUUGAUCACAUUGAUGUUGACAGUGGAUACACUGGGGACAGUGGUGACAGUAGCGGGGAAGUGUCCCCAUGUAGUGUUGAAUCAAACCACCAUCAAUACACCAAAUUAGAAUACUGCCCAAGCACGAACUAUGAAAUGGAAGUAACAGAUGGGCAGAAAAAACUCUGCCUAGUUUGUGGCGACAUUGCCUCAGGAUUUCAUUAUGGUGUUUCCUCAUGUGAAGCAUGCAAAGCUUUCUUCAAACGAACUAUACAAGGAAAUAUAGAUUACUCUUGCCCGGCAAAUGGUGACUGUGAAAUAACGAAACGACGGAGGAAAGCAUGUCAGGCUUGCCGUUUCCAAAAAUGUCUUUUUGUUGGAAUGCUCAGGGAAGGUGUGAGGUUAGACAGGGUUCGAGGAGGAAGACAGAAGUACAAGAGAUCUCCAGAUUCAUAUCCAUAUGUGCAACAAAUAUUUCCUAUUGUAAAGAAACAAUGUCUUGACAGUUCUUAUAGUGCUAAAGGUUAUGUUUCAGUUGCCGACAAUAAAACGUUACAACAGUUGAUCCGAAUAGAAGGUCAGCUAGAAAAACUGUACGCUCGCCCAGACCCGAGCAUGAAAGAUGACGAGCACAAGUUCCUGACAAUACUCUCGGAUCUUGCUGAUAGAGAACUGGUCAUCACAAUCAGCUGGGCAAAACAAGUACCAGGUUUCUCGAGCUUGAGUUUAUCAGAUCAAAUGAAUCUCCUGCAGCAUUCCUGGCUGGAAAUCAACCUCCUCAACCUUGUCUAUAGAUCAUCACCAUAUCACGGAGUUCUCAGGAUAGCUGAGGAUUUCAAGCUUACUACAGAACAGGCGGAGAAAUAUGGCUGUUCCAAGGAGCUAGACACGUUAACAAGAAAAAUGUGCAAAAAGUUUACUAGCAUGAAUAUCACAAAAGAUGAAUACCUUCUACUGAAGAGUAUAAUACUCUUCAACAUAGAUGUAGUUACAGAAAGAAGUGAUGCAGGAAAAUCGUUGCAAGAAAAACUGCAUGAAGCCCUCACAGACUAUGUAAAAUCACGAAGUAACGGUGGACUGAAACGUGUCGGACAGUUGUAUUUACUCCUGCCUGCCAUGACUCAUCUAAAAUUGCUGGCCAAACAGUACUGGUUUGACGUGAAGAAGAGCGGAAAAAUCAUGAUGCACAAACUCUUCCUGGAAAUGCUUGAAGCAGAUAGCUGAUAGUGGAUCUCAAACUAGUACCGUUUGAAACAUCUCAUGUUCAUCAUUCUGCACAAUCUCAUCGAGAUUCGCACACAGCUUCAUGAGAUCACAACAAUACCCGAACGGAUCUCGCUCAUUACACAGUCAUUAACACAAAAAUGUCGCUAGGACACUAAACCUGAGGGAGAUUAGGAUUGUGUGUAUAAUUAGCUAAAUGUAGAAAUUCCAUUGACCUCCGCUCCCUCUGGUGGUGAAUAUAUACAUUGCUUUCCAUAGAAACUACAAGAAUACAGUGUUUUAGUGUGAUAUUGAACUCUCAUCAAGGAUUUUUACUAGAAUAGUGUGAUAUUUUUCAUUGUGGACAAUAAUCAUAUCAUUUUCACAGAACCAAAGAUUGCAGGAGUUUACCUUAGAAAUAUUCCCCGCUGCUUGCUGGAGUUUACGUUAGAAAUAUCCCUCACUGCUUGAAGGACUUUACGUUAGAAAUACCCCCUGCUAAGCUAAAUCGGACUUAUAUAAAUGUAUUCUUGAUUUCCUUAUAUAUGUUAUAAAAUUUUGUAGGUUAUCACAUUAAUAGUGAGCAUUAAAUAUAAAUAUAGCAUUUAAUAUUAAUGUUUAAGUUACUAUUGUGCACGUGACAUAAGUAAAACACAUGAACUCUACUUCAGUGUCUAUUUCCUAAUAGCAACAUUCAAGAUUUCUAUUGAUAGCUGUAUUAUUACUAAAAAGUGGCAAACAUUGAACUAAAAAGUGAGAUUUGUUAAUACUUUUGUUCCAGUAUUUGCUGAUUAAAUUUUACAUUUUUUUUCCAAAAUUUUCAAAAAUUAAUACAUCUACAUACCAGACAUUAAAAGUAGUACACAGACAUUUAAUAUGUAGCGAAAGAAAUGCUUUUGCUUUUGUUGUACAAAAUGUAGUCAAGUCACCUGUCAAUACUUUAUAUAAUUUGUUGAAAAAAAAUAAGUAAGUUUGAAUUUAGUCAAAUUUAGUUAGGAUAGUAUUUAUUAUAGCAGGGUACUGUUUAAUUGAAUAUUACAACUGCCAUUAGCUAGUAUAUACAAUUGAAACUCGGUAUCUGGAAUUCCAAGGGUUUGAGCGUUUUACUUCGAGAUAACUGAAAGUCGACUUAAAAAUGAUAUUUUGUGCACAUGAUUUCAGGACAGGACUUGGAAAUGUUUUCGAGAUAGCUGGAAUUUGGAGACAGGUGAGUUUGAGAUACUGAGUUUCAACUGUAUCUGUAUACCUUCUUUGAAAAAUGAACCCUUAAGGUAGCCUUACCAUAAUAAGCAUAUACUGCUCCUCCUGCCUGUACCGUAAAUAUUGUAAAGAACUUCUCAAUUGAAGGGAAAUCUGAUUGAUGAAAUUAUGAAAACAAUACGUCUAAAAUUCUUGCUGAAAUAUUAUUUUCUAUUUUCUCUGCACAAUAUAGGAACAUUAGAAUAAAUGUGAGUACAUUACUUCCUGAAGUUAUAUAAAAAAAAAAGUAGAGCACUAGAGUCAAGUCUGUUUGUUUUAUAAAUUGACCAAAAAAAAAUGCUAAAAGCAAAAUUCAGGGGAGAAAAUCCAAAAUUGGUUAGAUUAUAACAUAAAUUGUGGAUGACUUACUUGUACAUAAAAUUGAAAUUUUAAGCUGUGAUUCGAAAAUAGGCUAAGUUAAAUUCUCAACCAACACACCGACUCAUUUUUAUGUGCCAAAACUAGUGGUUAAUUCUUUUAUGUGAAAAUCUAUUGUCUGAUCUAUUGAUGAGAUUUUUAAUAACCAAAAAAAAAAACAAAGUCUACUUAUUUGUGCAUGCAUUUUAUUAAGAUGAAAUAGGAUGGUUUUGAAUAAACCCUAUUGUACAGAUUGGUGAAUAUUUAUACUUAGACUGAAGAUAAAUGAUGAUAAGUUAAGGCUAAUAAAAAAUCUUAGGUUUAUAUUAUACUGUUGUUUACUAGUCAGAAUUCUAGAUUUAUUCUUUGUGUUUUUUGUAUUUUGUCUAUGCAAUGACAUUUAAAGAUGCUCUCUGCAGUUUCUUGUAUGAGAAAUGGGGAAAAAAUUCCCAAUAAUAGAAUUUGUUCAAACUUUGUAUAUGAACACAGUCUCAUAUAGGAAACAGGAAAAAAAUGCAAAAACAAUCAUAGGUCACCAUGCUUGUUUAGGAGUUAUCUGCCCUUAAAACUGGAUUUUUCUUCAAAUUUGCAUGUUCAAGGGCAGAUAACUCCUGAACAGACGUGGUGACCUUCAAUGUAUUUUUCAUAAUUCUGUUUCUAACAUGACACUGUGUUCAUAUACGAAUUUUGAACAAAUUCUGUUAUUGGAAUUUUUUUUAUCCAAAACUGCCACACCAUCCUUAAAAGAAUGAUAGAGCUAAAUUUUUAAGCUAAAACGUUAAAAAAAAGUGGAAAACUUGCUUUUAACUCCUUAAACCUUCAGAUAUAUUGACUCUGUUAGUUUAACUGACAUUUUUUUUGGUAUUUCCAGCAUCAGUUAAUCUAUUUGAAAUUUUCAAGAAAUAAGUAAAGAAUAUAUGGCAAUAUUGGCAUUACUUUUCCAUUUUUAUAAUAUAAUAGACCACAUAUGAAUAUUUGUCUCUAUUAGUCAGAUUUUCUGUGAUGUGAGUAUUCUUCAGGUUGAACUCUGUUUUAAUGAAUUGAAAUUUACUGUUUAGCUCCCAAGUUAUGUAAUGGAAUGAAAAAUGUUGAGUAAUAAUUUUGAUAAGAUUAUUUAAACAUGUUUUGUUUUUCUUUGAUUUAUUUACUUUCUGUCAGUAAUGUGAAAUAUUUACACAAAUGUGGGGAAGAAGGUAUUUUGUUCAAGGUAUAGGAUAUCUUCCAGAUGUGUAAAAUGGUACCUGUCAGCUUUUCAAUCAGGCAAAAAAAAAUUGAAGAGAUGCUAAAUGGUGAAUUAAAAAAAAGUUAUUCAAAUUACGUUAUUGUUAACCUUACGAACAGUAGAAUUGAGAAAAGAUUAUUUUUUGUGAUUUUUCUUCUGAAGAAGGCUUAUUUCUCAGGAAAUUUUGCAUGAAUUUUCAUUUUCGUUUAUUCCUUAGCCCCACAGGCAGUAAAAAUUUUUUGUUUGUUUAUGUCUGUUUCAGAAUUCGUGUUUCAGUUCUGGCAGUCUUAAGGAAGAAGUACUCAUUUUUUUUCGUUUUGAAACAAUUUGCUUGAAAUGUAGCAAAGGUCUGCUGAGUUUUCAUGAAAAAAAAAGUCAUUGCUGGAAUGUAAAUAUAAAAAGUUUAAUAAUGCCUUAUAAAAUUUUCUGACUAUAAUGUAUUUACUUUCUUAAACAGUCAACUGCUUUAUUAGCACGUUAGAUGCUGCAAGAGCAUGAAAAGGAAUUUAAAGAUUUCUUUGUUACUUCACUUAUUCCUUCCCACAUAGAUGCAAAUAAAAAGUCGAUUGUACAUUGAACAUUGGAUUAUGUAUUUACUUAGUAAGGAAAGUUAAUCAUGGUAAAAGUAUUUCUUCAAAAAAGUGCCAGAAUUGAGAAAUGAUUUCGACAGGUUAUGCCUUAUGUUGAAAUUGUACAUAUUAUUGUCAACAAGAUAAAACUUACCCAUAUAGUCUAUACCUCGUCCAACAAAAAAAAAAAUGUAUUGUAUAUAAUAUAAGUAUGAAUGAAAAGUUAUCAAGGGACGUAAAUGUUGGGAAAUGGUAUGUAACUUGUGCAUAUAAAACAAGAUACGGAUAUAAAAAGAAAAGUUUAAAAAUGCUAAAAAAAAGGAAAAACAACAAAAAAAACUAAUUAAAAAAAAAACAAAUAAAAAAAAAAAUUAAAUAAAAAAAGUAAAAAAGUGUUUGAAAAAAUAGCAGAAUCAAAAAUUUAAAUUGCUUUCUUUUUGUUUUCUCAUAAACACCUUGCGGUACAUAUUCCAGUGUUUGUUCAAUAAUGUGAACCAUAAUUAAUAAAUUAUUUUUUAAAGGUACAUGUAUUUUUUUCUAGAGAAGGGGAAGGGUUAAUAAGGGUGUUUUGUCACUGCGCAGUAUUUAAUACUUUUUAAUUCCCAGAAAAAAAGGUAAAAAAAGCAUUUUGCAUUUAUGGUUCUGUACCUGUUUGUGUUUAAAAAAAAAGAGAAAAAAAUAAAAAAAAAAUAUGAAAAAAAAAAUUAAUAUUUAUGAAAAGUAAAAAAAAAAAAGAAGAAAAAAUGAAUGGGGAAAAAAUACAAAAAAACUAAUAAAAAUAACUAGAAAAAAAGAAGAAAAAAAAAAGAACUAGAUCCAACCUCAACAAAAAUAUGAUAUAUAUUUGCUACAAAAAUUAAAAAAAAAAUAGAAAAAAGAAGUUAGGACAGGUUGCCAUUAUGUGUAUAUUGUAAUCCAGUUCAUUCCCUCUAUCCAAGACAUGGUGUGAUAUAGAUGUUCAUGUGUGUUUACAAAAUUGUCACUCUGCAGACUCUAAGUUGCUUCAUUUUUACAUUUAUAUUUUUCAUUUUCAAAAUGUUAAAAUUCAGAACAUUAUAUAUAUGAAUGUGCAUGUAUUUAUUGAAAUUGUGUUUCAUUACUGUAUAAAUAUAUAGCUGAAUUUGCAUUUAUUUAUAAAGAUAAUAAUUAGGUGCAUGUUGUACAUAUUUUUUGUUAACUUUUGAAACCUGUGUUGCCGUUUCUAGAUUUUUUUAAAAUGUCUUUGAAGGACUUUAGAUUAGUUUCUUGUUCGUCGGUAGAUGAACUGUAUAUGUGUAUACUGAUAUAGAGUAUUCAGGUAGCACGUUCUCCCAACGUUGUUAAAAGUGUUACCUAUGUAGUCUUCAUAUGCAGUAAAAAUGAUUUAUAAACUAUAAAAGACAUAAAACUAUUAUUGCUGUGGAUUUAAAUACACUUUGCCAGAAUUCUCUUUAUUGUAGACACAAUUAUUGUAUCAAAAAUUUGGAUGCAGAGUUUAACAUUGGUUUUGAACAUGUAAAUACUCAGAAAUAUCUAGCUAGUAGUUUAUCCAGGUGCACGACUAAAAAUGUGAAAUGAUUUCCUUGCUGUUCACAUACAGGAGGACAAAAUUCCUGAUAACAUUUAAAGCUAUGUUGACUACAUAUGUAAGAAAUUCUGCCCUGUCCUAACCUUGCUGUGAUAAUAAUAUGUUGUGUUCACACAAAAUAUGACUCAAACAUUAUGUUGUCAUUCGAUAAAUUCUCAUUUUGACAUUCAAAUUUUAAUUAGCCAAGUUUCAUAUCAUUCUUUCACUAGGAAAGAAUGUCAAAACCGGUUGCAUUUAAUGUUUUGGAGAGUAGAUCAUCAGAAUAAAAAAUAUCCAUGGUAAAAAUAGAGUACAUUAGUCUGUUAUUACAAUGGGGAUUUUUUUAUAACAGUUGUCAAUAGAAUAAUAAAACAUGUGCCACACCAAUCUCCAAGGUUAUAGUGACCAGUCUCUAAAUGCAGGCUUGUGAUUGGUCAAUGCAAAAAUAGCAUUCAAAAGCAACCAGUCAUAUGCUUGAGAUUUUAGCCUAGUCUUUAAAGCAGAGGAAGUGCUGUUUGAGUUAUAUAUAUGUGUGUACUUUGCAACUUUAUACGUGUAUAAUAAUGAACAAAUAUUGUACCUUGCCAUAAUUGCAGUCAGUUUACUUAUCUCACUACAGAUCUCAAUUAAAAUAUGUUAAUUACAGAAAUCAGAUCGCCUUUAGAUGAAUGUACAUUAUUAAUCGGUUUGAUAAUUUACGAAUCAUUUUGUUCCAGAUGUUACUAUUUCUAUCAUUUUCUUUUGAAAUGACUUUCAUUUUGUCUGAAAUCAUUCGUCCUCCACCUCUGAUAAUUCACGUGGGGAAGUUGGCAGUUACUUGCGGAGAACAUGUUUGUACUGGUACAGAUUCCAGGAACACUUGUUAGGUUAACUGCCCGCCGUUACAUGACUGCAAUACUGUUGGAAAAGGGCGUUAAACCCAAAACAAACAAACAAAGACUUUCAAAAAAUCAUGAUGAAGAAAAACCUGUUAUUUUUUUUUACAUAACUGCAGUUUCUUCAGAAGCUAUUAUAGUUUAAGCAACGUAAUGACAGUCAAGAAUUUCCUUUUGAUUAUGUAUUGUCUAAAAGCAGUUAUGGAAUUCUGCGGCCUAUGUGGAGCCAUGAGCUACAGUAACGGCUGAAACAUGCCGAAAUAGCAUACGAAAACACAUAAUCGCAGGAAAGUAGUGGAUUGUCAUUACGGUUCUCCAGCUUAAGAGGCACUAUUUUGAGGAUUUCUUAAGAAAAAAAUUGACCAGUAAGGAUUAUGUUUGGUCACAGAUUUGUAGCAAUUAUAGAGUAGUUAAAUCAGUAUUUACACCAUGAUGUUCUAUAUCAUAACAUAAUUAUAUCAGUAUGUUCUUUAUCCAUAAAACAUGAUUAUGUGAAUAUGUUAAGACAUAUCACCGUGUAGUUAAGAUAUCCUGUGAUUACAUGUAGAUAGUGCUAUGUUUCAAUAUUACAAUUUUAUAUGAUUUGAAGUAAUUAUGUCUUUUGUUUAUGAAAUCAAUAAUAUACAGCACUAGACUAGACUAGAUGUGUACUUACAUUUAAUGUGAUUAAUAAGAAGUGGAAAAUAUCAUUAUAUCAUAGAUUUUAGUAUAUUUUAUACUGUCAGUUAUUUGAGAAAAAUGAAAAUAAAAAAAGGGUAAAAAAGAAAGAAAACAGUGCUAAAUUGCAGAACAAUAUUUUGAUAAGUUUCUCAAGAAAUUAAAUAUUAAUCUAAUUUUUGUUUACAAACUACUGUUUUUGUUUGUCUUUAUAGUAGUCAAUAACAGUAUCAUCACUGUGUUAUAGGCAGCAAUAUAACAUCAGUUUUUAUCUAAAGUCUUCUUUUUUGCCAUAUUGAGUAGUGACCAAUCAUUCCUUACAUGCCCCAACCCCCAUUCCAGUACAGAUUCUCCCUCAUUUUAGAUGUUCACCCUCAUUCCAAUAUGUUGCACGUCCUCAUUUUUAACCUCAGCCGUAGUUUUUUUUACACUUGCUAUGUGAUAUCACAUAUAGAUAGCUCAAUAUGUUUUGUUUUGAUUCUUUUUUAAACAAUGAUCUAUAUUUCAUAAUUUUCAUGUGCUGCAUUUAGUCCUAAUUUUUGGUCUGACUUUUCAUUUUUUUGUGUGUAUCAUUAUCAUUAAUUUGUAAUGUUAACACCUCUGCUAAUUACCAUAAUUAUGUGAAUAUAAAGCACACCACAAAAUGAAGAGCAAUUCAGAAUUUGGCAUUAGUUCUAAAACUUCAUAGGAUAAAAACUACCACAAUAAAAAAAAAAGAGAUCCAUGAUUAUUGUAAACUCAUACAAUGAAUCUGAGUCAGAAAACUUACUGUUAUGGAAUUAAAACAAGAGUCAUUCAUUCAAUUUAUGAUGUAAGAUUUGUUUAAUGAAAAUCAAAUAUGCACAUUCUAAAUUUCCAGUAAUUUACAUUCUUCUGUAAUAUAUCUGGUAAGUCCUGUUGUUUUUUUGCUCACUUGGAAUAAGGAUGCUUACAAGAAAUGUAGCAAAGAUUGUCCAUUGGUUGUUUCCAAAUAGAACACCUUUUACAGAGCUAAAGCAGAACUAAAACGAAAAGAAAUUUAAUUGUUACAAUCUGUAAAGAUUACCUUAAGUUAGAACUAGGUGAUCAAUAUAGAGUGAUCUUGGCUGUCUUGUUUGUUACUGACUCAAACAUUUUUAUGUUAAGAAUGUCACUUUAUAACUUCUUAAGUACAUGUGUUCCUGUCAUAUUUUGUAUCUGUUGUGUAUCUAAAUAUUUGGUCUCUUAAUUGAGUACUGUAUUUAAGCCAAUUUCAUUCCCAGAAUGUUAUAAGUAUUGCAAGAAACUCUAGCUUUAUUUCACCUUAGUAACACUUCUUGACUCCUAGAACAAAAUACACUUCUUGACUCCUAGAACAAAAUACAAGUACCCUUGUUUUCCCCCCAAAAAUACUUGUUUGAAUGAGACCAUCCUUGUUUUUGUCACUAUAGACUUGAUUCAACAAUACUUUAAAAGGUAUGAGAAAAGCAUUAUUACAUUCAAAUUGUAACCAAAUUCAAACACGCCAUCAGGCAGGGGAAUUAAGUGAUGAAAAGAUUUUAGAAUACAGAAUAUUUUGCAGGUUUAUUACAGGAAAUAUAUCAUUACACAACACUAUCUUAAAGUAUUUAUAUGAUUCAUUGUAAUAAAGUAAAUAUUCUAACAGUUUCUGUAUUGAUUCUGUGUGGAGAUUUUGUUGAUAGUCAUACACAUGUAUUCUUGUUGUGUUAUAGUUAUUGUUACUAGUUGUUGAAUGCUUAAAAAACAUUAUGCAAAGUUUGCUAACUUCUGGCACUCUGGCUCUACUUUACUGAAUAGAUACAACUGAGGUAUGACUGUAUUGAAGAUUAUGUUCACUGAUACAAAUUGUUACAGACAAGUUUAUUUUGUUCACUGAUACAAAGUUUUGAGGUACAUAUUAGUUUUAUUGAAGAAUUUGUUCACAGAUAUGUAUUUGUUAGAGAUAACUUUAUUCUGUUCACUGUUACCAGUUUUUGAGGUAUGAUUUCACUAAAGUUCACUAAAAUAAUUUGUUAGAGGUAUCUUUAUUUUGUUCACUGAUACCAUUUUUGAGGUAUGCCUGUAGAAAGCUUUGUUCACUGAUACAAAUUUGUACUAAAAUAAUUUGUUAGAGAUAUCUUUAUUUUUUUCACUGAUACCAUUUUUGAGGUUUGCCUGUAGAAAACUUUGUUCACUAAUACAGCAUUGUUAAGUAAGAUCUUGAAGAAGAUUUUAUUUAUUUCUGAUCUAUGAUUUUAUUCAAGAACUUGGUCACUGAUGGAGAUCUUACAAGACUGUGUUUGUUUUUGAUUUAUUAUCAGAAUUGUGGCUUGAUUCAAAUUUCUUAUUUUGGAAGGAAGGUAUAUUCUGUGAACAACAUAUUUACUUCCUUUACAGUUAUUUAGUCAAGCAUUUCUACUAUUCCAAAUUGUUUGCUCUUUGUGGUAAAUCAUUUAGAUAACUUAAAACGGAUUCUUUCGAACCUGACCCAGUGUAUUUGAGCCGUGUCAUGAGAAAACCAACAUAGUGGCUUUGCCACCAGCAUGGAUCCAGACCAGCCUGCGCAUCCGCGCAGUCUGGUCAGGCUCCAUGCUGUUCGCUUUUAAAGCCUAUUGGAAUUGGAGAAACUGUUAGUGAACAGCAUGGAUCCUGACCAGACUGCGCGGAUGCGCAGGCAGGUCUGGAUCCAUGCUGGUCGCAUACCCAUUAUGUUGGUUUUCUCAUGGCGCGGCUCAUUUGUGCUUCUGAUGAACAUUUACCUUGUUUUGUUUUAUUUUGUUUUUUCUUUGUACUCUUUUGUUGAUGGGUGAACCAAGUUAAUUGAAAGGAAAGUGGACGUUUUUGAAUAUUUUCCCAAAAGUCGUAUUUUUAUCUGCAGUUCAAACUUUAAUUUUGCUCUAAAUGUAACAGACAGACAUAAUAUUAAAAUUGUUGGGAAUAUUCCUAUUUAGAAAUUUGCUCAUAGAGAUAGAUAUCAAUUCCUUAUAAAAACAAUCUAAUUAACCUAAAUAUUCAAGAGCAGUAAAAAUCUGUUUCCUUUCAUGUAACAUGCAUCAUUCAUAAUUAUUUAAUUGUUCUUGAAAUGGAUGUUAAAACAGGUGACAAAGUAUGGAAUAUUAAUUUUAUGUUUUGUUUAUUGAGAGAGAUAUAUAAUUGACGAAUAUAAGAAUAGUCAAAGAUAUGUGAAAUGUGUCCAUCAGCAAAAUGAUAUUAACAUCUUGCUACCAUUUAAUGUUUUUUUUUUUUGUCAGACCAAAUGUUUGCUAAGUGUAAGUGUAAUAGUUACUUGUGUAUCAUUCCAAAAUUCAUGCAUACGGUGGAUUUGAGUUUAUGACCAAAUAACUUCCGAAAAACAUAGUUAGCUGAUGGUCACGUUUCAGAUAAUUCCCUAGCUUUUUAUUUUUCUGAUUCCUUGUUUUUCCUUUCUUUUCUGUUUAUGCUUGUAAUGUUAGAAUUUGUUUAUUGUGUGAAGUGUUAAAGAAAGCAUUUACUUGUAUGCCCAUUGUUGUAGAUUUUUUUUGUGACAUAUGACAUCUGAAUGCAUCAGACACUGUUUUGGAGAAUGUACAUAAUAACUUUAACGGACAGAAAUUUAGGCCAUAAGAGCUUCAUUACAGGUUAAGGUUUUGAAAUGGGAAUAAAUUUACUUUUUGAAACAAAUUUGCUGUAUGCAGAAGAUAAACCUUUUAAGCCUUGUAUCAAAGGUAAGGUAAAAGUUUGAACUCUAAAAUAUAAGAUCUAGAGAAAGCCAUGAAAUUGCCUGAAUAGUCACAAAACAAAUCUACCAACUGUAGUUGUGUUGUGAAAGAAUUUUGACAAAAUUUCAUCUGAUUUUGUCAUCAUUCUUACGUAUGUGGGGUUUUAUAUUGUUUAUUUCGUUUGUUAUAUUUAGUUAUUUGUGAUACCCUUUUCCAAAGAUGUUUAAGUUAAAUCGACAAAAAUAGUUAAGUGCUUACUAUAAAAAUCAGUAAGCUCAACUAAAAGUUUGGGAAAUUUUGAAGGAAAGUAAAAUUAUUUGUUACACAAAUUUAUACAAAAAUUACUUUACAAUAGAAACAUUGGUCUUACAUCUUAUUCUAUCAAGAAAGCACAAUGAUACUUCAACCCAAAUUGGCACAAUUGAAAAACUCUGCUGAGUUUUUGUAUUUGAAGAGAAAUCUAGAGAACUUAGCUCCAAGCAAAUGAGUAUGGUUUUUUAGACCAGUCCCGGCAUGCAACUUUGCCACUGGACAAUUUCAGAAUUGCUCUCAAAUUCAACAAAUUAGAUUUUUCAAGUUUUGAGACAAGUCCCGCGACUCCUCUGUCAGGAACCAAUGAAUUGGGUUUACUAAGAUUACCAAGUCCAUAUGUUUGUAUUUGAAUAAAGAAUUGUGCCAAAAAGAACAAGUGCACCAAAAACUUCAUAAUGACAGGAAAUCAGUUUUGUAAAAAAAUAUCACUUUUAUUCAAUAUAACUUUGAUAUUUUAAAUGUUUAUUGAACUUGAAAUUAUUACAACAUCUUUAAAUUUAUUAUAUCUUGCCAAUCAUCAUUUACCAAUGAACAAAAUAUAUUUUGAAAGUACUGUAUGUUUCCAUUUGUUAGACCAAUAUUGCAAAGAAACUUACAAGAAUAUUUUCCAAUUGUUUUAUAGUAAAGAAACAAGUUUAAACUUUUUUUUUCUCUAUCACAUGUCGAUUGAAAGUGGAUUUUUUUUUUUGGAAUUGCAACCUUUAAACAAUGUAUUUUUUGAUAAUUUUAUCAUUAAUUGUUUUACUAAUUUGAAAUAAAUUAUCAAAUUAUUUACAAUGCUAACAGACAUCAUACAAUUCUUUUAAAUGUUGUAUACAACAAUAACUGUUCUGUUGCAGUAUUCAGGGUUGUCGUUUUCUUGUUUACAACGGUAUUACAUAGAGGAUAUUUGUCUGUUUCAGUGAAAUAUCAAUUUUAUUUCACAAGUGAGCAUCAAAAACUUAUUUUUUCACGAGUGGCGUAGCUACGAGUGAAAAUGACUUUUUUGGUGCUCACGAGUGAAAUAAAAUUGAUAUUUCACUGACACAAACAAAUUUUCUUUUUAUUUCAUGUAUAAAACUCUACUUUUGAUGCGUAAUUUAUAAAAUGUCGAAAACCGCGGGAAAGGUCAGCAGAAAGCAUAUCACAAAUGACGUCAUCGUCAUUGUCAUUAUGGUCCCCGGUAUUCAUAACGCUCAGUAUAAAAUUUGACUUCAAUCGCGACGGAGGACCGGAACAAGUUCGGCAGAAACAGUGAAAAAUAAAAAUGAUAAUCUACUGUUUCAAAACUGUGGAUUAUCACUUUUAUUUCACUGAGAAAAGUCUAUAAUUCACUGGAAAACAUAAAAUAAAACAGAUAUUCAUGUUAUUAUUUGUCUUAAUUGAUUAUGUACCAAAAACAAACUUGAAAAGUACUACACUCGUAUUAAUUUAAAUAUUUUGAUAGUUAGUUGGAUAAAGUCGUAAUAGAGUUAAUUUUGAUUUCUUUUGUUUAAUUUUAUAAUUUACAUUUAAAGACUUUUCAGGCUGUUUUGACAACCCUGAAUAUUUCUGAUCGUACAAACAUUCAGACAUGAGAUUGCGCUGUUUUGUGUUCAAAUUUGUAUUGUUUAUUUUAGACUUUGUGGAAAAUCUCACCUGAAAUGCUAUUGAUAAAAGUAUUUAUUUAAAGUUGAUAUUUAACAUAGGGCAAUUUUCAACAGCAUUUUGAACAUACAGAAACAAACCAUAGGAAAAUAGGAAGCUUUUUAGCUAGUCACAUUUAAUCCUUUUUUUUUCUGAAAAAUUCAGUUACUGUAAGUGAUUGUUAUAAGGUAGUUAGCUCAAAGAGGAAAGUAAUACGAUUUUGUGUUAAGUUUAAUUUACAUAAUAAAAGUGCUAUGCAAGUCCUGCAGUGUACACAUUGCUCUAGCUUUCUUUAUUGUAUUCAGAUUUUUAUGUCACAGAAUUGUUUAUAUAAAGUAGAGAGUAAUUUUCACCAGCUUGUGUUUUCACCAGUGUAAGUCAAUAAAUUCCACAUGUAGAUCAAGAGCUUUAACAGAGUUUACCCUUGACAGAAAAAAUCUGAAAUUCCAUUUUCCUUGUAAAUGUAUUUGAUUGAUAUUACCACCGAACACGUAAAAAUUGCAUGAAAAAAUAAAGUUAAAUUAUCUAGGAGCAGCUUUUUUUUCAUGAACAACUUUCUGUUAAAUUUGGUUGCCUGUACUUUUUAAUUGCAGCUGAAUAUAUUGGCAGCAGUUUAUCAGAAUACACUGUAUUUUUGAAAUUCAGCUGAAUAUUUUAGUUGCAGUUUAUUAUAAUAUAUUGUAUUUUUUGAAUUGCAGCUGAAUAUAUUGGCACCAGUUUAUUAGAAUACACUGUAUUUUUGAACGGCAGCUGAAUAAAUUGGCAGCGGUAUAUGAGAAUACACUGUAUUUUUGAAUUGCAGCUGAAUAUAUUGGCAGCGGUAUACGAGAACACACUGUAUUUUUGAAUUGCAGCUGAAUAUAUUGGCAGCGGUAUACGAGAAUACACUGUAUUUUUGAAUUGCAGCUGAAUAUAUUGGCAGCGGUAUAUGAGAAUACACUGUAUUUUUGAAUUGCAGCUGAAAGCUUGCUUUUUAAUUAUAAGAAGUUAAAUACAACCAUUCCUUAAGAAAAGUAAAACUGGUAACAAAAGACAGCGCUUUGUAAAAUUGUUAUUUUUUGUUGUUGAUUUAUUACAUUUGACUGUGUAGGAAAAGAGUAUAUUAUCUGUUUGCAUAGGAACUAACAGUGUGAUGGAUAGGGAAAAUGUUAUAAACAAAGAAUAAGAUAAUUGAAUUUGUUCAAUUCUGUUUGGUUAUUUUUUGCAAUGUGAUCAAAUAUGUUCGUGUUGUUUGAAGUUUAGAUUAUAUUUACAAAGUUGGUAACUAUCGGAAAUAAAGCUAUACCUCUGGUUUGUUAUGUAUAUAAAGUAAAAGAAUUGGAGCUAAA